ACCACCACGUUGCCGACGACACAACCACAACCGCCACUAGAGGUGACACCAUAGAAGUAGGCGGCGCAAGGAAGAAAAGGGGGGUCGUCGUUGCUGUAAUUUGGAGCAUUUGGUGCUCGAAUUAGGGGCGUUUGCAAGUUAUUUCUCAUCCCCAAUCUUCUAUAUUAGUGGAUUCCGGUUUCAUUGAGGAGCCGUAUUGACUGAGCUAGUUGGUUUGAUAUAGUUUAAAAGUGCUUACAAGAUGCACAAGCGCGAAAGAAGUAAAUCAUCAGAGAUGCGCGCUUUGAUGCGCCAGAUGGCCGAGUCUAAUAAGGCCAUGACUGAGGCUGUGCAAUUGCUAGCGGAAGCACGAGCUGCUACUACUAGCACUAGCAAAGUAGCUAUCACUGAAGUUGCUGCUGUGCAUAAAGCAAUUGACGGGAAGAAGCCGCCUAAGUAUGAUGGAAAAGGCGACCCCGUGAAGAUGGAGAAUUGGAUUAGAGAGUUUGACAAGAUCUUCGUCACUCUCCAGGUCCCUGAAGAGAUGAGAGUAGACUCCGCAGCCUACCAUCUCACUGAAGAUGCUGAUAUCUGGUGGACCAACAACAAAGAUAAUUUUACCACCAAAGUCACAUACGAUGAGGAUGGUUUUGAGGAGGUGGAGACAAAGGAAUUUGGUUGGAAAGAGUUCAAGAAGGCGCUACGCGCUGAGUUCUUCCCACCUCAUAUGAGGAAAAGGAAGAGAUCUGAGUUUGAACAGCUGGAGCAAGGAGAUAUGUCUGUCCAAGACUUUUAUACUAAAUACCUUGAGUUGUCUCGUUUCGUGCCUGAAUUGGUCCCAAAUGAACAAGAAAGAGCUCAGAGGUUCGAGGAAAAACUUGAUCUUGAACUUCUUAGCAAUAUGGGAGCCGACUUCACGACCUUGAACGAAGUUUAUACUCGUGCUAGCAAUGCCGAGAGAAUCAAGGAGAGAAGGAAACCGCAGAAAAGAUGA